AUUGGUUUAUAUCACAAAUGUUCUCCAAUGAACAUGACUGUAAGAAAGUUAUGUUCAUGAUUUUUCCAUCAUGGCUGACGACAGUCGGCUUGCCAGACCAUUAGAAUACUACAGAAAAUUCAUUCAAAAUGAUGUCAGACCUGAUGAAAGAAGUUUGGAAGAAUUUCGUCCAACAGUUCUGAACAUAGGUUGUAUUGGAACUGCUGAAGGUUCAGCCCUUGUAAAACUUGGCACCACAUCAGUGAUUUGUGGCGUAAAAGCGGAAAUAGCUGCUCCAAAAACAGAAAGUCCCAAGAAGGGUUACAUAGUGCCCAAUGUGGAGCUGGGUCCCAUGUGUUGUUCUACCUUCAGGCCUGGACCCCCAGGUGAUCAGGCCCAGUACCUGAGUGUGUUCACCAACCAAGUGAUACAGCACUCAAAAUGUUUGGAUUUAGAAGAACUCUGCAUUUUGCCUGGAAAGUAUGUGUGGACUCUCUACUGCGACAUGGUGUGUCUCAACUAUGAUGGAAACGUGGGAGAUGCAUGUGUCCUGGCACUACUUACAGCACUUCAGAACACUUAUUUGCCAACGGUGACCUGGAAUGAGGAUUCCGAAUGCCUUGAGACGUCAGAUAGCACGAAGAUACGCCUCAAUGUUCACAGCCAACCUGUGUCAUCUACAUUUUCCAUAUUUGACAAUCAUAUCCUGCUGGUAGACCCUACGAAGGAGGAGGAGGAUCUGUCCACUGGCCAGCUCACAGUGGUUACUGCAGACGAGGCCAUAUGUCUGGUGAAGAAACCUGGUGGAAGUCCACUGAAUGACAGACAACUAGCAGAGUGUAUCAACCGUGCCUUUUCACGCAGCAAGGAAGUGGUUCGAUUAAUACACGAGACAUUGAAUAGUGUGGAGAGAUAGUUUUCCCCUUCUUAGAUGUGUUCUUUUGUAUUAAAUUUGAAAAAAUGA